GAUUCUAAGUUUGAAAUUUUACUUCUAAUUGUUUUGAGUUUGAUUUUAUUUUUCAAUAAAACCUGAUAAAUUUUAUUCCAACCGUUAUCAUUAUUAUUUUAUUCUUCCUUAAUUUGUCAUAAGUUAACUAUGGGAAACCAAACAUCAGUGAUAGAGUUCAUCCUUCUUGGACUGACAAGUGAUGCCAAGCUUCAAGCUGUGCUUUUCCCUUUUCUGCUGUUAACAUAUGUCUUAAGUAUCAUGGGAAACUUGACAAUCAUCAUUCUGACCCUACUGGACCAUCGCCUUCAGACUCCUAUGUAUUUCUUCCUCCGGAAUUUCUCUGUUUUGGAAGUUUCUUUUACUUCUGUCUUUGUUCCCAAAAUGUUAGUUAGUAUUGGAACUGGAGACAAGACUAUCUCCUUUGCUGGUUGUUUCACUCAGUAUUUUUUUGCCAUCCUUUUGGGAGCAACCGAAUUUUACCUUUUAGCUGCCAUGUCCUUUGAUCGCUAUGUUGCCAUUUGCAAACCGCUACAUUACACAACUCUAAUGAGCAGAAGACUCUGCAUUCAACUUGUCCUGUGUUCCUGGUUCUCUGGCUUUUUAGUUGUCAUUGUGCCCCAUGUAAUGACUCUCCAGCUGCCUUUCUGCGCCUCCAACAUCAUCAAUCAUUAUUGCUGUGACUAUACAGUACUGUUGCAUUUAUCCUGUUCAGACACACGUUUCAUAGAAGUGAUUGAGUUUGUCCUUGCUGCCGUUACUCUCAUCUUCACCUUGAUGCUGGUGAUUCUUUCCUAUACGUACAUUAUCAGGACCAUUCUGAGAAUCCCGUCUGCUCAACAAAGAAAAAAAGCUUUUUCUACAUGCUCUUCUCACAUGAUUGUGGUCUCACUUUCUUAUGGAAGCUGUAUCUUCAUGUAUAUAAAUCCCUCUGUGGAGGAUGCCGCAACUUUUAAUAAGGGAGUGGCUGUUUUAAAUACCUCAGUUGCCCCUCUCUUGAACCCUUUCAUCUAUACACUAAGGAACAAGCAAGUGAAAACAGCUUUCAGACAUUUGGUCAGUAAGAUAAUAACCUUUUCAAGAAAGUAA